AUGAAGUUAAGUAAGCAUCGUAAAAGCAAGACCAGCACAUGCAAGGCAAUCCCAGCAGUGGCAUGCGCCAGCGAUGCUCCUCCGAAUGCUCAGGGCCAGAAGCGUAAGAGGGCAACAUCCCAGAAGAAGCCCGCAGCCACAACAACAGCCAUCAAGAGGCCCGCUGCAGCAAAGCCCAAGUCAAAAGUGGAGAAGGCCCCAAAGAAGCCAAGCGAGACAGUGCUGGGUGGCACAGAAAAAACAACGCAGUUUCCUGCCGCCCUUAGCUUGGCCAGCGACUGCAGUGGCGUAGGGACCGAGCGUUUGGCUGCAGUACUUGCUUUUGGCCAUCGCUCCGCUAUCAACCACAACUACACAUCCGAAAUUUCUGAGGCUUGCAGGACUUUCUUGAAGCACUUUGUCAAGCCGAAGUUUGUGGCGAGCGACAUUGACAACCAGAUCCCAGGAGAUUGGGCAGCUCAUUCGGACUACUAUGUAUGUGGCUACCCAUGCCAGCCAUGGAGCGGCGCAGGGUCUCAGGAAGGCUUGGCUGACCCAGAAGGCCGAGGCAUGGUGAUGUCGAAGGUCCCGCGCCAGAUUGCCAAGAUGAAGCCGAGGGCCUAUGUGCUGGAGAACGUGAUGGGGUUUGUGCAGAGGUUCCCCAAAGUCUUCAACACCUUGGUGGAGGCGUUGAGGGCCCUGGAACUUGAGCCGUAUCGUGGUCCAAGCUACAACGUCUACUGGGACGUGCUUUCGGCUGAUGCGCAUGGGGGCGUGCCCCAGCACAGGGAGCGAAUCUUUAUCAUAGGCAUCAAGCGCUCAGAGCAGGUUCGACACUUUGAGUGGCCUACCCGCUUGCCAGGCUGUCUCACGCUGGAUGACUGCUUGGGCUGCGGCUCCAACCCGCCAGUGCCAGAGUCCAUCCUUCACGGCAAGACUCUGAAGAAUGCUUUCGCCCGUUUGAAGGCAAAGCUGGCGCAGAAUGGGCCAGAUGGCCAGGAUUGCAUUUGCGACACUGGCUCCAGCAAUGGGACUGUGAUGGUGGGAAAAAGCCCUUGCCUCACUGCCAGUGGCUGCGAAAGUUUCCGCUUUUACUCCAACAGACGAGGAAGAUGGCUGAAUUGCAAUGAUUUCGCUGCCCUGCAGGGAGUGCCACCAAACGCAUUCCCUGAUUGGCAAAAGAUUGUGUCCGAGAAGGAUUAUGCACACAUGCUAGGCAACGCGAUCAAUGUACAGGUGCUGAAGCGCAUCUUUGUGCAGAUUGCACGGGCGCGAGGGUGGCAGUGCUGA